AUGGAGUCACUCGACCGCUCUCCCUCACCUGACUUCUCGCCCUUGGCCAUCGGCGAAGACUUCACACCGCUCCCCACCUACAAGGCCGCAACUACGUCAGCCUAUGACAUGUCCGGCCUGCUGUCAACUCCCCUUCAACUACACGAAGAUCUCGCCUCGGGAUGCGGCGGUCAAACUUGGCCUGCAGGCAUGGUGCUUACAAAACACAUGCUACGCUACCACCGGGAGAACCUCAAGGGCGCGAGAAUACUUGAGCUUGGCGCAGGCGGCGGACUCGUCGGACUGGCUGUGGCUUUAGGUUGUGGAUUGCAGGAAAAGCUGUACCUCACAGACCAAGACGAGAUGUUCGAGCUGAUGGGACGGAACACCAAGUUGAAUGGCCUCGAAGACAAAGUCAAGCCCAUGAUCCUGAACUGGGGCGGGCCGCUGUCCCAAGAGGUUGUCGAUUUCAAGCCCAAUGUCAUUCUGGCAGCUGAUUGCGUCUAUUUCGAGCCGGCCUUCCCACUGUUGCUGGAGACUCUGACGAACCUGUUAGCCUUGGAACCUGACGCUGUUAUUUACUUCUGCUUCAAGAAGAGAAGACGCGCGGAUAUGCAAUUUCUGAAGAAGGCCCAAAAGGCGUUCCUGGUGACGGAGAUUGUCGACCAAGAUCGCCCUGUCUUCAGCAGAGAGGGUCUGUUCCUCUACACUUUUGCAAGCAAGAAGUCGACGUCAAACGGGACCCGAAAGUGA